UCUCAAACACAAUAAAAUAAGAAGAAAUUCAUAUGCUUUUUGGUAGUGUGAUGAUAAGGAAGGAGGCUUGGAGAGAAAAAAAUGCAAACAAACAGACAACAAGACAAAUAAAUAUUCCCACUUGCCUCGCCCACACUCGAUCCUUCUUCAGAAUCCCAAUCCUUCCGUUCCCAAAACCCAAAACCCAAAACCAAAAAUUCAUCUUUUUCAUCGCGGAGUUGAUAGAUUUUGAUAAGCUUGAGUAGAGAAAUGUCGAUAAGGAGUAUACUUCAGGACAUGAAGUUUUCCCGGUCGCAGCGGGUGGUCCAAGACUCGGCUGGCUCGGCCGAGUCGGUGGGUGAGUCACUGAAGCAGAGCUGCUGGGCUCAGAUGCCUCAAGAGCUGCUGAGGGAGGUGCUGAUCGUCAAGGCUCCUGAGCUCACUGGGAAGCUGACCUUCCCCAUCUCCGUCAAGCAGCCUGGUCCGAGGGAUGAUCUCCUGCAGUGCUUUAUAAAACGGAACCGUUCCAGCCAAACAUAUUACCUUUUCCUUGGUCUUACCCAUGCACUAACUGAUGAGGGAAAGUUCCUACUUGCUGCGCGCAAAUAUAAACGCGCCACCUGCACUGAUUAUAUUGUCUCACUAAAUGCUGAUGAUAUGUCAAAGGGGAGCAGCAACUAUAUUGGGAAAUUGAGAUCAAACUUUUUGGGAACAAAGUUCACAAUCUUUGAUGGGCAGCCGACACAUGCCGGAGCCAAGAUUACAAAAAGUCGCUCUACUAGGCCAGUAAAUUUGAAACAAGUUUCACCUAGGGUCCCUGCUGGAAACUAUCCAGUUGCUCACAUCCAGUAUGAACUAAAUAUGUUGGGUUCCAGGGGUCCAAGGAGAAUGCAGUGUACCAUGGAUGCCAUUCCUGCCACUUCAGUUGAACCUGGAGGAGUAGCCCCCACUCAGGCAGAUUUUUCAUAUAGUAAUGCAGAAUUCCUUCCAUCCCUCCCAUUUUUCCGAUCAAAAUCAAACCAUGUGGAAAGAAUAUCAGGGCCUUUGGCCAGCCAGAAAAGUGGGGUGCUGGUGUUAAGAAAUAAGUCUCCUAGGUGGCAUGAGCAACUCCAGUGUUGGUGUUUGAACUUCCAUGGACGAGUAACAGUUGCUUCAGUGAAAAACUUUCAGUUGGUGGCUUCUCCAGAAAAUGGACCAGCUGGGCCAGAACACGAGAAGAUCAUCCUCCAAUUUGGAAAAGUGGGGAAAGAUUUAUUUACCAUGGAUUACCGGUACCCAAUAUCAGCAUUCCAGGCAUUUUCAAUCUGCCUCAGCAGCUUUGACACCAAGAUCGCCUGUGAAUAAUGAUUUGGAAGCUGAAUCUUCCAGAAUCUGGAGCAGCUAGGUUUAAUGGUCAUUUUGUGGGUUGAAUUCAAUGGGACUGUUGCUGAAGGUGAUUGCAGUGCUGGGCUUGACAGGCGGGCUGGAUCAUGAUUUUGCCGAACUACGGAAGAAUUCUGGAAUAAAAGUCGGAGAGCUUUGGUUCUGUCAUCCACCAUGUGUUGUAUAUUUUACUUGUUAAUGUACAUAGUAGUUAUUUUUAUAAAAACCCUCGUAUUGCUGAAAUUUAACGCCACAUUUAAUUUUAUUUUGGCGUUCAUUUUAUAUAUUUUAUUAUGUCCAAUCAGCCA